UCCUACUCACGAGACUAAUGAGAGACCGCGAGACAGGCCAGAAGCACAUUUCGAGUGUGAAUCAGAAGAUUUUUUGGGAUAAACGCUGGCAGAUAAGCCUAAGGUCCUGAGGUGUGACUAAAAAGCAGCUUUAGGAAAGGUUGGUCUGUUGUAGUUUGGUCUGGUCUGGCCUCUAAAGUGCUUCACUCACUAACAGGCUUUGAGGCGGCAAGGGCGAAGGGUAGUUCUGAUAGAGUGUUCACAUCGGAGGUUUUGGCACCGAGCAUUUGGAUGAUUGUAUAUUUUGAUAGCUCCUCCCUCCCGUGCACAGUUUGAACUUUCUGUCAGACUUCGGCGGCUGCGUUUCUGGGCGAUUGUGUGAUUGAGAAUUCUGGUGGUGGUAGUGCUCGGGAGGUGGGUUAGAGAACUCCGAUGGGUGAGAAUCGGAGUAAGAUUUUGAUUAUCGGUGGUACGGGAUGGAUAGGUAGGUACUUUGUCAAAGCCAGUGCAGCUGCGGGCCAUCAGACAUUUGCCCUCAUCAGACCACAGACCCUCUCGAAUCCUGGAACUGAAAAGGCUGCUCUCCUCGAGGAUUUUAAAAUCCUCGGAAUCACGCUUUUGGAGGGCUCUCUCGACGAUCAUGCGAGCUUGGUGGAUGCUCUGAAACAAGUGGAUGUAGUGAUUUCAGCUGUAUCCCAUCCCGAAGAGCAGUUCCCCUUGAUAGAGGCCAUCAAAGAAGCUGGAACUAUCAAGAGGUUCUUCCCCUCUGAGUAUGGACUGGACGCCGACAGGGUAACCCUGUUGCCACCAGUGCAAAAUGCCAUUGGGAUCAAGAGCAGAGUCCGGAGAGCGAUUGAGCAAGCUGGGAUUCCUUUCACCAUUGCCACCAACACUGCUUUCGCGUCCAUUUUUCUCGAUCAUUUUUGGCAUUGGGACUACGAGACUCUACCCAGGGACAAGGUGGAGUUCUUUGGUGAUGGAGAAGGCAGAGUUUCUUUCGUUUACGAGCAAGAUAUUGCAAAGUUUGUCAUCAAGGCCGUGGAUGAUCCUCGAACGCUGAACAAGGUUCUCUGCAUCCGGCCCAAACUCAACUUUCUGUCUCCCAAGCACGUCGUCUCUCUCUGGGAGCAGAAACUCGGUCACACUCUCGAGAAGACCUAUCUCUCAGCCGAAGACAUGCUCAAGAAGAUUGCAGGGCCAGAAGGUGCUGCGGUGGUGGGCCACUACACGCCCAACAUUAUGCUCGCCAUUCGAUACGCAAUGUUCGCCAAGGGAGAAAUGGACCUUGAACCGCUUGCACACGAAGUGGAGGCCGCCGACCUGUAUCCGGACGUUCAGUACAAAACAGUCGAGGAGUUUCUGGAGAGUAGCAAAUGAAGGUUAUAAUUGACGGUUUUUAUGGUCUGGGUGACUCGCACGAAGACAAAUUCCCCACCUCAGAAGAGUUCUUCACAGAGUUUUCGGUUUUCAUGUAUUCUUUCGAGUUUCAUGUAAUCUCAUUUACGUAAGAAACAUAAACCAUUUAUUAUAAAUGCUGAUGAAAAUCAGAGCCAUCUUUUCCCCC